GACAUUCUGCCAUGUUCAGUGACAGAAAUGCAUCCUGUGCUAUAUUUUGCAUGAACACACCUCCAACUCAAAACAGAAAACUGAAACUGGUUUGUGCAUUUGUCACUGAAAUUCUUUAAAAGAACGAUGAACACCAAAGGCAGUGUAUCAGCCUUAUUCCUCUGUUUCCUGACUCUAUUUACCUUAACAGACUGUAGCACAUGUGAGACCAAUAAAUUAGAAGGGGACAGUCUCACCUUUAAACUGACUGACACGCAGCUUAAGGAUAAUGAUCGAUUCUUUAUAAAAAAGGAUGAUAAAAUAGUAGUACCCAAAAGGAAUAGGAAACAAAAGGGACCGGGGAUUGUGAAAGAUAAGUUCCUGGAGCUCCAACCUGUGAAACUGAGCGAUUCUGGGACAUACAGUGUUGAGGUUUUUGAUGUGAACGGCAACAGAAUAAAAUCUCACUCAGAAAGCGUCUGUGUUUAUGCAAAAGUCCCCAAGCCAAGAGUGAAUAUUACAUGUCAGGAUGAGAAGGUUGACUUAAGAUGUGAUGUUGAAGGUGGCAAAAAUAUAUCUUUUAGCUGGUACAAAAAUGGGAAAGAUUUAAAGAAGACUGUAUUAAACUUCUUAGCAAAUAUUGAGGAGAACAAAUCAAACUAUACAUGUACUGCACAGAAUCCAGCUCAUAACAGCACAAGUGAUCCAGUGGAAGAAACAUGUUUCAAGUCUGCUACACUCUUUGGCUUUGACCUUUGGAUCAUGGUGGGCCUCGUAGCUGGUGGAGGAGGUCUCGUACUGGUAUUGAUAACUGUGCUGGUGACUGUUGCCUGUCGUGCCUGUAAACGCAGAGAGAAACAACAGCGAGAUGAAGAGGUGUUAAGAAUGGACUAUCUACAUCUCUAACACUCACUCACUCCCAACAAACACCUCUUGAUCACUCAUGUUAAGUAACAGCUUUAUCCUUGUCAGUGUCACAGUGGAUCUAUAGCCUAUCCUUGGAAGGCACAAGGCAGGAACACACUCUGGAUGCCAGUUCGUCACAUGCACACACACACACACACGCACACUUUCACAUCUCGGGGUAAUUUAUCUUAGCCAAUCCACUUGUGAUAUUUAAAUAAUGUGUAUAAUAACAUCAAUAUCCAGCAGAUGCCUACCAUUAAUCAUUUUAAAAAGCAGAUAAUAUGUAAGAAAUUUAACAGUAGUGUUCAUUUUUUCCUCUAUAUUUAUAAUCCUGUAUAAUUUGUUAAUUUCUUUAUUACUUUGUAGUGUACAAGUGCAUCAUUUCUCUAUGUCAGUUUGAAAAAAAACACUCUUCGUCCACUCUUGAGUGCUGGGGAUAUUUACAAAAAAAUGGAACUGGAAGUAUUUUUCUAAUAUUUUUGUCUUACAUGUUGAAAAACUGAGAUCUGUGCAGUUGAUUACAGUUAUCUCUGCACUAAAUGUUAGCAUUAUUAUAGAGUUAAUUCUGUUUGCAAAUUCGUGAGAAACUGCAGUCACUGUUGCUAGGUCAGUGGUUUUCCUGCCAAAUUGGGGUCAUUUGAAGAUUCAGUUGCCAGUGAAAUUUAUAAGGUCACAGGUGGCAUUUUUAUGGGCUACUUUCAGAAGUAAUCACAGCUGUCAUAAAAAAUGAAACAGCUGAAAAGCAAAAAUAAUUGUCAUAUAAUUUUAUUUUGGUGUGGGUGUUAAAUACCUGGCAGCUUAAAAACAGACACAUUUAAUAGGCUACAGCUGACUGAGUGAGGGAGAGGAGAGAAAGUAAGUGGCACGUUUGGUUGAUAGUGACUCACAAGUCUGAAUGGGAAGGUUGGUGUUUGUUUAUCUUAUAUAUUAUAUCUUAUUUAUAUUUUUAUAUUCUUAUUAUGUUAUAAUCUUAUUAGAUUCUAUUAUUUUUCUUUACAGUUUUACAGUUUUGCUGUUAAGCACUGUAUAAAAGGUGCUAUAUAUAAAUAAAGUUUAAAUAAAGUUUGGUUUAUUCAGUCUAGUCUGAAAUGCUCAGUAAGCUCAACCUAACACCUGUUAUUUAAACAGGUACAGACAGACUGGGCUUGCCAUCAUGACCAUAUUAUUUAGUACAGACCACUUAACCAUGAUUGACCUGUAAAAGCUCAAGCAACACAGCAUGCACUCAUCUCAGUGCAGUAUAUACUACUUACUGUCCAC